AUGGCCCAUGUGACGUAUCAAGUGAUCCAUGUAGCGGAAGGGCAGAUGGAAGGCCAGGUGGAUGAAGCUACAACUGAGGUUUUCUGUCAGACUAAAGCCCUGGAGGAGGAGGGCCAGUACUGUUACCCAGACACCACAAUGGAUACCAUGGUAACCGCCAUCCAGGCCCCUGAUUCGUUGCUCACUCAGUCUGCUCCCACAGGUCAACUCUAUGUGAUGAUGUCACCUCAGGAUAUUUUGAGUGCCACCAGUCAAAAGUCUGUAUCCCUUUCCAAAGAGAAUAACAACAUUCGGAUCAGAUUUUGUACUAAAACUGAAACAAAGCGCGGCUCCCAUAACGAAAGGAGGCGGACUCAGCACAAUGAAGUCGAACGCAGACGGAGGGAUAAAAUCAACAACUGGAUUCUGCAGUUGUCAAAACUCAUCCCCGACUGCGGAGAGAACUCAGCCAAAAAUGGACAGAGUAAAGGUUUAAUCCUGUCCAAGGCGUGUGACUACAUUCAAGUGAUGAGACAGAGCAAUGCAAGACUAGAAGAGGAACUCGAAACACUGGAGAGACUGAGAAUGGACAAUCAGCUACUCAGACAAGAGGCAGAGGAAUGGAAAUCCAAGAAUCAGAUGCUGAGAAAUAAACUGCAGCACCAUGGCAUUACGUCAGCAGCAAACGUGAACCAACAGUGA